GAUGAUGAAAAAGAAGAAACUGUAAAUGGAAGGAAAAGGUAUGAAAAUGGUGAGGAUAAACAAUCAAAUGAAGAAAUCUCAAAUGAAAAAGAUAAAGAUGUUUUAGAAACAGACGAAUGUAAAAAAAUAAUAGAAUCUAUUAGCAACAAUGAAAAAUCUGAAAAUUCUGAAGUAGUUGAUAACACUAAAGAAGUUCUAAAGAAAGCAGCAAUAACUGUUGGCUCAUUAAAAGAAGCAGAAUUUGAUAUAAGAUUUAAUCCCGAUGUAUAUUCUGUAGGUGUUAAACAUGUGAUGUCAGAGGAAGGAAGACUUGAAAAAGAACGACAGUUAGUAAAGGAUGCAGCAGAUUUCCUCAUUACUGUACAGAUACCUGGAUUUAUUCGUGAUUGUCUUGAACAUUCAUCAUCUCCAAUUGAUGGCAUAACUUUGACUGAAUCACUUCAUGGAAGAGGUAUUAACAUGAGAUAUUUAGGAAAAAUAGUGGAUGCAUUAUCAAAAAUAUCACAAUUGGAAUAUUUAUAUUCAAUUGCAGUAAGUGAAAUUUUGUGCCGUGCAGCAAAACAUGUUUAUACAUCAUACAUUCAAGGAGUAGAAAUGAUGAGUUUAGCAACUGCUAUUUGUCAUUUUUUGAAUUGCUUUCUUUCCUCAUGUAACUUAUUACCAACUCCAGCUGCAACAGAAGAGUUGCAAUUAAGAACUGCAAGGAGAAAAGGAAAGAAGAAAGGAAAGCAAAAUCCUCUUAGUAUUCAAGAUAAUGAAUGGGCUUCCCUAACACCAAAACUCCUGUGGAGUAAUUUAAAAGCAGAUUUGAAAUCAUAUUAUGAUUGGAAUCUAGAAACUGAUUGUAUAGAUGACACUGUAGAACGUUAUGGUCUUCAGAAAUUUUCUAUUUUACGCAGUUUUUGCAUGAAAGUUGGAAUUCAGUUAUUACUUAGAGAAUAUAAUCUUGAUCAUCGUAGUCGUCCUUCAUUUACAGAAGAAGAUAUAUUGAAUGUUUUUCCUAUAGUGAAGCAUAUUAAUCCAAAAGCUACAGAUGCAUAUAGUUUUUAUAGCACUGGUCAAUCAAAGAUUCAGCAAGGAUAUUUAAAGGAUGGUUCUGAACUAAUAAGUGAAGCCCAUAACCUUUUGAAUAAUGUAUAUGGUGCAAUGCAUUCAGAAAUAGCUCAAUGUUUACGUAUGUUAUCACGGCUUAAUUACAUUAUGGGUGAUUAUGCAGAGGCAAUGGCAUAUCAACAAAAAGCAGUUCUUAUGAGUGAAAGGGUUAAUGGCAUUGAUCAUCCUUAUACUAUUACAGAAUAUACUCAUCUUGCUCUUUAUUCAUUUGCUAAUUCUCAAGUCACAAUGGCCUUGAAAUUAUUAUAUAGAGCACGAUAUUUAUUUCUUCUAGUUUGUGGUGAAAAUCAUCCAGAAAUGGCUAUUUUAGAUAGCAAUAUAGGAUUAAUUCUACAUGCAGUUGGAGAAUAUGAAUUGUCAUUACGCUUCCUUGAAAAUGCAUUAAAGCUUAAUAUAAAAUAUUAUGGAAAUAAAAGUUUGAAAGUAGCAGUCAGUUACCAUCUUGUUGCAAGAACUCAGUCAUGUAUGGGUGAUUUCAGAGGUGCAUUACAAAAUGAAAAAGAAACUUAUGGAAUUUAUAAACAACAACUUGGUGAAGAGCAUGAUAAGACAAAGGAAAGUUCAGAAUGUCUUCGUCAUUUAACCCAACAGGCAGUUGUUCUGCAGAAGAAAAUGAAUGAAUUAUAUAAAGGAAAUACUGCAGCCGUAUUGCCUCCUAUUCAAAUUCAGCCACCUUCACUAAGUAAUGUUUUGGAUACUCUAAAUAUAAUUAAUGGUAUUCUAUUUGUACAGAUUAGUCAACAAGAUAUAGAAAAUUUUAAAGCUGAAGUAGAACGUCGCCAAAAAGAAAAAGGAAUGAAUUUAACAAAUCAAUUGGUAUCCGAUGAUCAAGAAACCAAUCCCCAGGAUGUGACUAGUAGAUAAUUGUUGUAUAGUGUAAAUAUAUAUUGCAAUCAAAAAUUUACUAGUUGUGUCAAAUCACUGCACUUUCAAUGCAAAUGUAUGACCAAUGUGUGAUUGAAGAACAUUUAAAAAAAAAUGCCUUAAAUUUUAUUUUAUAUUGCUUCAGUAUCAGAUUUUGAUGUAAUGUGGAUUUUUUAAAAUUGAAAUGAUUUCUGCUAUUGAAAAGAAUAUAGAAUUAUGUUUAUAAUUAAUAUAAGAGCAGUAAAAUAGUGAACACUCAAAGAAAUUAUUUAGAAAUAGAUUUAAUAGUCAAUUAUUAUGUAAUCAUUUCGUAAGAUUGUGAAAUUCUUUGAUUUAGGCAGAAUUUUUGCAUUGCUUUUGCUUGAAUUUAAUUGACUUUUAAUAAGUGAAUGUUCUGUAUUAAAAUCAUAAAAUAUUUAGUUCUGUAGGAAUAGACUUUUUUUUUCUAUCUUGGAACGUGCCAUGUAAAUCCUUCUUUAGAAUUUGUACUUAAUCUGCAUAAAAUAAUAUAUAGAAGUAAAAGUCAGAGAAAGUAAUCAGUAAGAAAAUCAGAUAAUUGAAUUAAUUAUCAGAGAGAACAUUUAUAUUUAAAGUAGGAAAAUAAUUUUUAUUCUUUGAUUUUAAAAUUUUUGUAAAUUAUACAAAAAUAAAGAAUAUAUUUAAGUGUUAGUUAGAAACAGUAAGUCGUUUUGGAUGCACUGAUGUAUGGUGAUUUCAGUGUAUUUUGUCGUUCCUAGAAAUCAGUAUAGAUUAGUGGACCAAUUAGCAUUCAUACCCGUGAAGAAGUUACUUCCUUCAGCAUAGGAUAAUAUGAAUUUUGUGUUAUUUUCAAACUGCUUUAUUGCAAAUUUGAGUCAGGUAUUGCACUGUAGAUAAUUAUAAUGCAGUUUGAGAUUAGAAACAUAGAUUUGCUUAUAGCAUUACUAGUGUAUAGGAAAUGCAUUUUGUUCAUUGUCAUUUAUUCUCAUUGAAAAUUGCAUUAUCAUUGAUCAUUGAUAAAUGUGCAAACAUUACAAUAUAACAAAUAUUCAUGUUUUUUAUCAGAAAUUUGGAAAUAUGUUUAAUUUCAAUAAUGUUCCUCUAGAAUUUUUUUGUAAUUUUAUCAUCCAAAUUGUGUACAGACUAUUAUCAAUGUUUGAUAUUUUAAGCAGCAACAUUUUGAUUAUUAUUAUUUAGACUUAAUGGAUGUGUAUAAAUAUUUUUAUAUUUGUCUUCCAUUGCAGUCUCUAGAAAGUGGCAUGACGAUUGAAUGACAGAUAAAUUGGGUAUCAUUUCAUUAAUAUUUUUCAUCCAUAUUUUUUCAAAUUGUUUCUCUACUUAAUAUUUUGAAUUCAUAAUUUUCUCUUAAUUUUGGAGUGUUUCUAGAAGGUAAAUUUAUAUUAAUACAUUUAUAUGUACAAUUAACAGUAUUAAUGAAAUGUAACUAAACUUACACCAGAUUGUAUUAACACAAUCAUUUUGAAUGUGCACAUCUUCUUUCACACUUUUUCAUUCUGGAUCUAUUUCAGGUCGUGGCUGGUGUGAAUAUGUGCCUUAUUUACUAUUUCAGUGUCCCACUAGAGUGGAUAGGCUUCAUUUGUAUAUCUGGAUAAGAUAUACAUAAUUUCUCACCGGUAUCCCUCCAUCUCCUUUAAAGUUGCAAAAUCAGAUGUUUAGAGAAUGUUGUUCUUUGAUCAAAUGUUUAUUGGUGUUAAAAUCAUGUUUAAGAAAAAAAUAUUAAUUUAUUCCUAAAGAAAGGGAAUCAAUCUUUUAUUUCAAAUUUAAAUCGAUUAAAUUUUAAACAAAGUCAAUUAUUCAAGUUUAAUUUUUAACUAAUAUUCUCAUGAAUUGAUACUCAGUAUUUCUGUACUGUUGAAAAUUAAUAUAACGUCUUCUUACCAUCAUAUUUUUUUAUGGAACUUUAAAAAAAUGAUGAUUCAAUAGGACUGUCACCUAUUGUCUUUAAUUUCUAUCCAAUGAGUUGAGCCCUUUGAUAUUUUUCAAAGACAAAUGCAAACUAAGUAUAGUCAGUCACUUAGACAUUUGUACAUGUGAUGUGUGAUAGUUGCUGUAGUAGACAUUCCAUGCAUUGUAUAGUUUGGAAUGUUAGAUGCAGAACAAAGUUGAGUGAUCAAGUCUUCAAAAGGAAAGAAGUGUACAGAAUAUAGUUAAAGGAUAUGAGAAAUAAAGCAGAAUAUUUGCAAAUGUG